GAUUGGACACAGCCGUUCCUUCUGUAUUAGGUGAGAAUCCUGGCCUAUUAUCCGGCUAUCUCCAGAAGCUACCAAAGACUGCAGACCGUAACGCAGAUCUCAUUCACAUCCACCAUCACGAGUAUGGAUUUCGAGGAGUUUGAAGUUGAUAUAGAGCGAAUCAUCAAAAAGUCAUCAACCAAUGCCUCAUCAUGCCUUACUGAGGCUUUGAACUGGAUUGAUUCAACCUGGUAUGCCCCUGCAAGUAAGAGUGCAAGGUGGAUGGACUUGAUCGGUGACUACGCCGGAGCAGAGCCCUUUGUUAUCGAUGGACAUUCCCUACUAUAAUCCGUACUUGACGAUCCUCUGCUCGCACUGGCGAAGGAUGACGGUGCGUCAUUGUAGUCUAG